AUGCAGAAGUUGCAGCUGACGUUAGCUAUAAUAAAACCACAUGCAGUAUCAAACCCAGUAGUGCUAUCAUUCAUCAGAAACCUUUUGAAAAACAAAUUUGUGGUUCUGAGAACAAAACGGGUUAAUUUAGACACAAAAACUGCUUGCCGUUUUUAUAAAGAACAUUUUGGCAAAUUCUUCUAUAAUCGUCUUGUAACCUUUAUGUCAAGUGGAAGCAUAGACCUUCAUGUGCUUGGACAUGUGAAUGCGAUUACCUUGUGGCGGCAGAUGCUAGGUCCCACCAGUGUCUACAAGGGACAAUUUCAAGAGCCUCAUUGUCUGAGGGGCAUGUUUGGUAUAUCAGAUACUAGAAAUGUCGCACAUGGAUCAGAUUCACCAGAGUCAGCAGAAAGGGAGAUAAAAUUCUUUUUCCCUGAUUUUUCCUUUUACCAUUGGCGCAACCAUGACGAGGAAUGGUUCCGGAAGGGCCCAAUCAUAUUCAAUGACCACCACUUUCAACAUGUGAAGAGGCUUUAG